UAUGACUUAAACCGGAGUGUUUACCUUGUGUACUUGCUAUGUCUUUCAAAAGUUAUCUCAAUAAUAAUAAUAGCAAAUACAAAACACUACAGUUUAGAUAUUAUUAGAAUCUAGAUCUACUUUAAAAAUAAAUAAAAAUGUUGCUGUCAAGGUUAUGCACUGCUCACGAUCAUGUUUACUGUUUUAGUAGAAUAUUGUCUGGAGGUGUUAAACGCGUUCUAAUCAAUAGCCAAGUUCCUGCCAGUGGGCCACCUCUGCUGUUGCGCAGGGAAAUUGGAAUCUUAAAAAAGAAAAAAACUUUUCAACCCAAACAUAAGUGGGAUAAAGUUUCACCAGAGUUUUCUUUAAUUUAUGAAAGUCACCUUAAAAAUUGGAUUGUGGGUAUUAAGGCAUCAACAGUGAUGUUUGGUGUACUGCUUGUCCCUGUUAGCAAGCUCCUUGUCAAAGCAAGUGAAACUGAAGCCAUAGAAACAGUUGUUGGAGUUUCGUUUAUUCUCACUUGUUUCACAAUAGUUUAUCUUUUUAUCAAUAUGAAAGCCAGCCAAUACUUGGUAAGGAUUUACUAUAAAAAUGAUCAGUUUAUUGCAAUCCAUCGGAGUAUUUUCGGGAGGUCCAAACUCAUUCACUACACCUUGAAUGACCUGAAGUCUGCAGCUAAGCCGGACUCUGAAAGGGAAUAUGCUUCAGUUAUUAGACUUAGAAAUAGAAACUACAUCAUAUGUGCUGAUGACUUUGUUAACACGCCCUACUAUAACCUGCAUAUGGGUGAAGGAUUGAACAAUUUUUACAGUGGCCCCCAGUUUUAGAUAGUGUUUGUGGUCUCCAUAAAUUCCAGUGUUUUGAGUCAAAAAUGUUGCUAUAAAUCAAUGGAAUGUCCAUUCAAAUGUUGCUGUAAAUCAAUGGAAUGUCCAUUCAAAUGUUGCUGUAAAUCAAUGGAAUGCCCAUUCAAAUGCUGCUGUAAAUCAAUAGGAUGACCAUUGUAAAGUUGCUGUAAAUCAAUAGGAUGACCAUUGAAAAGUUGCUGUAAAUCUAUAGGAUGACCAUUGAAAAGUUGCUGUAAAUCAAUAGGAUGACCAUUGAAAAGUUGCUGUAAAUCAAUAGGAUGACCAUUGAAAAGUUGCUGUAAAUCAAUAGGAUGACCAUUGAAAAGUUGCUGUAAAUCAAUAGGAUGACCAUUGAAAAGUUGCUGUAAAUCAAUAGGAUGACCAUUGAAAAGUUGCUGUAAAUCUAUAGGAUGACCAUUGAAAAGUUGCUGUAAAUCAAUAGGAUGACCAUUGAAAAGUUGCUGUAAAUCUAUAGGAUGACCAUUGAAAAGUUGCUGUAAAUCUGAUGACCAUUGAAAAGUUGCUGUAAAUCUGAUGACCAUUGAAAAGUUGCUGUAAAUCUGAUGACCAUUGAAACAAUUAGACAGAGCACAACAUCUAGUGCAGUACAGGAAGUAGUGUCAGUGUUAUAAAAACAUUUUUUAAAAGUUCAGUGUCCUGAUGUAGUAAAGCUUACUUUCCUGAUGUGUGAGAAAGUGGCUGAUGCACAGUGUAAAAAAUUUAAAUAAACCUCCAGCGUGUUACCAAAAUA